AUGACCGAAAUGCGUGACGAGGGUAUCGUGGCAUUCAUUGGUCCCGAUGAAACCUGCACCGCCGAAGCACUGGUAGCUUCGGCCUGGGAUGUGCCCAUGAUCUCGUAUAAAUGCGCCGACAUAGCCGUGUCGGAUAAGACGGUGUACAGGAGUUUCGCUAGGACUCUUCCACCAGCCACCAAGGUAUCGAAGAGUGUUGCCGCCCUGCUGUUGGCCAACAAUUGGCAUUGCUUUACUAUCGUUGCCGGCCGGCAUCCAGCGUGGAGCAUGGAAAUUGCUCAAGCUAUCAAGCUUCAGGCGGAAUCCAACAAUCUCACGCUGAAUCACUUCCGUAUCUACUCCGACUACAUUCCCUCGAAGAUCUACAAACUUCAGCAAAUUGUGGACGAAACAUAUGCGAGUACUCGCGUGUACGUAUUUGUCGGUGAUCACAUCGAGAUGGUGGAUUUUGUGAGAUGUCUUCAGAAUCGCAAGCUGCUCAGCUCCGGGGACUACAUUGUGAUUUCGAUCGACGACGAGAUCUACGAUCCAAACAUGAAGCGCAACAUUUAUCAAGGUACUUACCGAAAGCGGUACAAUUACAAGGAUAAGGAGCGGCUACAGGAAGCUUUCCAGUCUGUUCUCCGCAUUUCACCACUCUUCCCGAUGAACCCGGAGCUAAGGGUUCCUAUCUAUGGCUCCUACCUGUACGAUGCCCUCAUGAUCUAUGCCCGGGCGGCCACCGACGUGUUGCGUGAGGGUGGUGACAUCUCCAAUGGAACAUUGAUUAUGCGCCAUAUAUUUAACCGCUCAUACCACUCGAUCCAGGGUUUCGAUGUUUACAUCGAUGCGAACGGUGAUGCCGAGGGAAACUUUUCCGUUAUCGCGCUGCAGAAAGACGACAAGGUGAAUAAUUCGCUGCAGAUGUCGAUGCAACCGGUGGCGCUGUUCACGUACGGUGCCAAUGCUACCACCAGCACGACGACAUUGCCUGAGUUUCGCUAUUUGAACGCGAACCGGCCGAUAAUGUGGCUUAAGGGACGGCCACCGAUGGCAGAGCCGGUCUGUGGAUUCUACAACGAAAAGUGUCGCCCAAAAUCGAAGGACUGGCGGUACAUCAGCGGUGCCUUCAUCGUCCUACUGUUUAUGGCCAUCUCGAGCGUCAUUCUGUUCAAACACUAUCGCUACGAGCAGACGUUGGCGUGUUUGCUGUGGAAGGUGGACAUGAAGGACGUUAUUCUAAUCACCUCACCCGAUGCGCUGUACAACAAUGAGCUGCGGAAGAAUCUCUUUCAGGUUUGUCAACAGAGCAUCAUGGUUAAUAAUCCAUCGGAUUCCAAUAAACGUGCCUACACAACGAUCGGACUCUUCCGUGGUAACAUUGCUGCCAUCAAAUAUCUGCACAAACGUUCAGUCGACAUCACGCGGAAUAUUCGCAAAGAGUUGAAGCAGAUGCGCGAAAUCCGGCACGAAAACCUGACGACGUUCAUCGGUGCCUCGGUCGAUCACGGUACGGUGGCCAUCCUGACGUCGUACUGUGCACGCGGUAGCCUAGUAGACGUACUAUCGAACGAGGAUCUGAAGCUUGAUCAUAUGUUCGUCUCGUCGCUGGUCAGUGACAUCGUAAAGGGAUUAAUCUAUCUGCACGACAGUGACGUCGGUUCACACGGGAAUCUCCGUUCGAGCAAAAUCCUGAUCGAUUCCCGCUGGGUAGCCCAGAUUGCUGACUUUGGUCUGCACGAAUUCAAAUCGGGCCAAGAGGAACCAAACAAGUUCGAGAAGGAGCUACGCCGAAGCCUUUGGAAGGCACCGGAGAUACUUCGUGAUCCAAACAGUGCACCACGGGGUACCCAGAAGGCGGACGUGUACUCCUUUGGCAUCAUACUGUACGAAAUCGUAGGCAGAAAGGGACCGUGGGGAGAAAUCAGCAUGAGCUGGCAAGAUAUCGUAACACGUGUAAUGACACCGGAGGAAUAUGGUAUAUUCAGACCAUCACUGCGAGGAAUUGACGCUCCCGAGUAUGUCAUGCAACUGCUGCAAGCCUGUUGGGAGGAGGAUCCCGAGGAUCGGCCCGAUAUUCGAUUGGUGCGAGUGAAGCUGAAACCGAUGCAAGCAGGACUGAAACCCAAUAUUUUCGAUAACAUGCUGGCUAUCAUGGAGAAGUAUGCCUACAAUCUGGAGGGCAUUGUCCAGGAGCGCACCAACCAGCUGACGGAGGAGAAGAAGAAAACCGAAUCGCUAUUGCUGAGGAUGUUACCCAAGAGCGUCGCCGAGUCCUUGAAGCGCGGAGAACGUGUAGAAGCAGAGUGUUUUGAUUGUGUCACGAUUUUCUUCAGCGACCUCGUUGGCUUCACGGAAUUGUGCGCUCAAAGCACACCGUUCGAGGUGGUGGAAAUGCUAAACGAUCUAUACACGUGCUGCGAUUUUAUCAUCUCCAGCUAUGACGUGUACAAGGUGGAAACGAUUGGCGACGCGUACAUGGUGGUGUCGGGACUUCCGUUGCGCAACGGAGACCGACAUGCGGGAGAGAUAGCUUCGAUGGCGCUUCAUCUGCUGAAUUCGAUCUCGAAUCUCGAGAUACGCCAUCGGCCGGGUGAGUUCAUUCAGAUGCGUAUCGGUAUCCAUUCGGGCCAGUGCGUGGCCGGUGUGGUAGGAUUAAAGAUGCCUCGGUACUGUCUGUUCGGGGACACCGUUAAUACAGCAUCACGCAUGGAAAGUAGCGGCGAAGCGCUGAAGAUUCACAUCUCAUCGAUAACGUACGGAUUGCUGAAAAAGCUGGGCGGUUACAAGUGCGAGGAACGGGGCCUUAUCAAGGUGAAGGGCAAAGGGGAGAUGCGCACCUACUGGCUAACCGGAGAGGACGACCAGAAACGGAUGGAUCGAUUCGGUUCGAGUGACAUGGUGACUAGUCUUACCAUUCCCGAUCUUCUGUGUACUCCAGAUCAAUCCCAGACUAACAUCAGUCGACCGUCAUUACGGCGCAUGAUGACGGAUGCCGAGAAUUACGUGGCUCAUCAGCACAGCACGAGCGACCAACAGAUACCAUCGGUCAGCCUGCUCAAUCAGCAUGGUUCGCAUUUGGGUUGCUACAUUUGCCACAAGCGGAAGCUGCACCUUGGUCAUCCACCGUUGGUCGAUAGCUCACAUCGGCUUUCCGUUAUCAGUGGUAGCUACGCUAUGGAUGAGGCCAUCUGCACCUGCCGUCAGCGGAACUGUGUUUUGGAUUACUACAACGACAACCUGAUGACCGUGCGAACAAUCCGUGAACCACGUUCCGCACCACAGAUCACGUUCAUGCAGUGAAGGAACGAAACAACAGCAGGCGU